AUGGCGGCGACGCCGGCGGCCGGGUACCCAGAAGUUGCGAAAUGGGAUUCCCAAUGCGUCGAGGGCGAUUACCAACAGAAGCAGAACACGGUUCAUCAGCCGGUGUCCGACGUGGACAACGGGUCGGACAUCGUGCAGCGCAUCACCGCCAUGCUGGACACGGCGUCGGCCGAGCAGCCGUCGCCGUCGCCGCCGCCGGCGCUCGCGGGUUCGACGCCCGGCGGCUCGUCGGGGUCCGCGUCGCCCACGCCGCCCCCGGCGCUGGCUGGCGCGCCGCUGCACCACGCCCACCCGCAGCACCAGGCGCUGCACCACCACCAUCACCACCACCCGCUGUCGCCGCUGCGGUCGCUCUCCGUCGCUCCGCCGGGCGUGCUGCCGCCGCAGGCGCACCGCUCCCUGUCAGAAGGUCAGUCGCUGCACACCCUCUGUACAUAUCCUGCCUAG